UAUGGGACAACUACAGAACCUUCCCCCAAUGAUCUGCUGCACCUGAAUGAACCUCUUAUGGACCACAGAGAGGGCCAGCUCUUCUUAACCCAGGCUUUUAAAGUCAUCAUGGAGGAGAUGCUGUGGAAGGGCACAGAUGUCAAUGAGAAGGUCUCACAUCCCAUCUUCACCUUAUAUAGUUGUCUGUCUAACCAUUGUCUUACCCCAGAUAGCACAACGACCAUCUGCACUGGUAGUUCGCUUUAGAAUGACUCCCAUCUGUCAAAAGACGAUUCUGUCUGACAUGUAACUUGUUUGUUCCCUGCACUGUGUCCAUUUGAAUUCAAUCACUUUUUUUUACAGCAUCCCUUUUGAUGUAAACAAAACAUUCUAUACAUGUUUGCCCACGGAAGAAGUGGUCAGAAAGUGACGUUUUGGACCUGAAUGCCAAAAUAUUCAGGAGAUAAAGGUGCUCAAAGUUGAGCGAUUUUUGCGUACCCCACCAUACCAUGAGACAUCCAUGGUUGAGUUUGAUAUCAUUUAAAAGCUUACAAACAGUGUUGUCAAACAGUUGUAUUAUUUAUUGGAUUAAAAAAUAUAUUUUCUAUAAAUUAUUUCAUUUCAAUGGUGUACCAGCUAAAUUACAGUGGUCUGAAGGAAGGGAUAGGUCCAUUCUAUGAAUUAUAUUUCUAUGAUUUAAAUUACACCCACCCUGUAUUCAAGAGCAUGUUGUGUCUCAACCGAUGGCGGGACACAACACAAAAACCUUAGAUUAUGUGAAGUAGGGUCUAAGCUACAGCAUAGAUAAUUUACGUAAAAAAAUGAACAUUUGUAUUUUCAAUUUGUAUUGAAAUUAUAAAAUAGUUUUACAAAAAUGUUUAGGAACCACUGGGCUUUGGGCUAGUACCAGUAAGUUAAGUGAUAUCUUCCCACCUGAUUGUGUACAUUACAAUCAAACCUUGGAGGUACACAUUACCCACUGCUGUAUUUUCAGGGGUUUCUUGUGUUUGUUAUACCCCGGGCUACAGGUGUGUGAAAAACGCUGCUGGGUUUUUCCACGCUCAACAGUUUCCUGUGUGAAUCAAGAAUGGUCCACCUCCCAAAGGACAUACAGCCAACUUGACACAACUGUGGGAAGCAUUGGAGUCAACCUGAGCCAGCAUCCCUGUGGAACGCAUGCCCCAAUGAAUUUAGGCUGUUCUGAGGGCAAAAGGGGGUGCAACUUAAUAUUAGGAAGGUGUUCUUAAUGUUUUGUACACUCCGUGUACAUAAUUUACAGAUUUUAACAAGUGUUCUCUGUUGUCCUACAGGGGUUGCAUGAUUCCAGAGGACCUUGAUGAGAAAAUUGAGCUGGCAAAAUCACAAGCAAGUUUACUGUUAACCAUGAAAUGUUAAUACAUUCAGAAAAUUUAUGUGCUGUGAUAUACAGUAAAGGGAAACAAAACCCUAAAUAAGAACACAAGUGUGUGUUUUGUAACAAAGGAAUAGUGAAGGGAAAGGGGGAUACCUAGUCAGUUGUACAACUGAAUGCAUUCAACAAAAUGUGUCUUCCACAUUUAACUCAACCCCUCUGAGUCAGUUUGCCUGCCUGCAAAGUUGUAUAGUUGUGGUUUGCUGAUAGACUAGGAAUUGCCAGUAGACUACUAUGAACUCAACAGAUCCUAGUAGAUCAUUUACACCAGGGCUGCCCAACCCUGUUCCUGGAGCGCUACCCUCCUGUACUGUCCUAUAGGACGGUAGCUCUCCAGGAACAGGGUUGGGCAGCCCUGGCUCUUUCUCCAUGUGUCUUUCUGCAUUUCCUUGCAUCCUCUCUCCUCGCCUCCUUCUCAACCAAAUUGGAGGAGAAGGUCCAAGGUCCCUCCCCUCGGACCUCUUCUCCAAUGCCUUUUGAGAAGGAGGCGGACAGAGGAUGAAAGCUUAAUCGAGAAAGAGCCCCAGAUGUACACACUACAAAACAGAAAUAGAGACGUAAGGACAUCUCAUUACCCCUCUCUUCCACCAGGGGGCAUUCCCAUUCCUGGUCCAUGCCACCUCACGAACAACUGUACAAGGAGCCUUUGACCCACUAGAGCCCAUAGCUGACAUCUGUGACAGACAGGGGUUGUGGAUGCAUGUAGAUGUGAGUUCUUAACGGGAUGGUUCACUCUACAAUCAAACUUUGGCAGAUGUUUUCACACAACAGUGAUCUAAUGUUGAGAUGAAGUACACGUCCGAUGCCAUCGGUUAUGUAGAUCCAGUGCCACAGUCUAAUUUAAUUUUGGAUGGUGACCAUUUUGGGUUGAAGAAUAGACUGGUGUUCUCUUGUUGUUUGACACAGGCAGCUUGGGGAGGGAGUGUCCUUUUCUCAAAGGAACAUAGACUUCUCAUGAGAGGAAUUGAAAAGUGUGAGUCUGGUCAGGUGCAUACUUUCGCCUACGGUAGUUGGGAUUCAAACUAAUGUCCAGAAUGUAAUAAUGUGUUUGUGAUCAGAGCCGAUUCAAUGACUUGGAAUCCACACAAAAUGCUGCUGACGGGCUUGCAGUGUUCAGCCAUUCUGCUCAAGGAUACCAGGAUAUUUCCAUGUUAUUUGUCUCCUCUUCAUUCUUAUUCUUUAGCGAAACCUCUUCAUGUCUUCUCCUUUUCCACAGAACCUGUUGAAGCAUUGCCACAGCGCAAAUACAACCUACCUGUUCCAGCAGGAUAAGUUCUAUGACAUGAGUCUGGACACAGGGGACAAGUCAAUACAGUGUGGCCGUAAAGUUGACUGUCUGAACCUGUGGUUGAUGUGGAAAGCGGUGGGCUCACAUGGCUUGGCAGAGCGAGUAGACAGGGCUUUCGCCCAUACAAGGUACAACCACAUAGCCUAUACGCUAUAUCUUCAUGGGUAUUGAGUACAACCCCAUGGCUGCAAUUCUAAAUAAGACAACUCAAACUCCUCAUCAUAGAUCUCUCAAUUAAAGAUUUUAAUAGAAUCUAUGUCAAUUAAUGUUUUACAUUUAAUAUAAUGACUCAUUUGUGUUCUCUGUCCCAUAGUUAUCUGGUAGAGGAGAUGCAGAAAUUAGAAGGGUUUCAACUUAUAGGAAAGGUAAGUUUUUAUCAAAAUAGUAUACUCUAUACUCUUGAUGUGAUCCUAGCACGACUUUGCAGUAUUUUGUUUUUUUAUGUAUUAUUUUUUACAUUAUUAGCUCAGAAAGUGUUUUGCAUCAUUACAUACAGCCGGGGAAAACUAUUGGAUAUCAGAGCGGCGGUAACUCACCAGCAUUACGACUAGGAAUACGACUUUCCCGAAGCAGAUCCUUUGUUUGCUCUCCCCAGGGCAACUGAACUGAUUCCAGCGGCUGACCCAAAACAUCGCCGGCGGAGGAGAGGCACUAGGAGCAGCCUGCUGGUCCGACUUAGGAGGCACGCACACCACCCACCACUUCCAAGUAUUCUACUCGCUAAUGUUCAAUCUUUAGUUAACAAAGUCGACGAACUACGGGCAAGGAUUUCAUUCCAGAGAGACAUCAAGGCCUGUAACAUACUCUGUUUCACGGAAACAUGGCUCUCUUGGGAUAUUCUGUCGGAAUCGGUCCAGCCAGAUGGGUUCUCAGUUCAUCGCGCAGACAGGAAUAAAUAUCUCUCCGGGAAGCAGAAGGGCGGAGGUGUGUGUUUCAUGAUUAACGACUCGUGGUGUAAUUGUAGUAACAAAGAGGAACUCGAGUCCUUCUGUUCACCCGACCUAGAAUACCUCACAAUCAAAUGCAGACCGUAUUAUCUCCCAAGAUAAUUUUCUUAGGUUAUAGUCACGGCCAUGUAUAUCCCUCCUCAAGCCGAAACCACGACGGCCCUCAAAGAACUUCACUGGACCUUAUGCAAACUGGAAACCACAUAUCCUGAGGCUGCAUUUAUUGUAGCCGGGGAUUUUAACAAAGCAAAUUUGAGGACUAGGCUGCCGAAGUUCUAUCAACAUAUCGACUGUUGUACUCGCACUGCUAAAAUUCUCUACCAUUGCUAUUCAAACUUCCGGGAUGGUUAUAAGGCCCUCCCCCGCCCUCCUUUCGGCAAAUCUGACCACGACUCCAUUUUGCUUCUCACUUCCUAUAGGCAGAAACAAACAGGAAGUACCCGUGCCAAGGACUAUUCAACGCUGGUCUGACCAAUCGAAAUCCACGCUUCAAGAUUGUUUUGAUCUCGCGGACUGGGAUAUGUUCUGGGUAGCUUCCGAAAAUAAUUUAGACAUAUACACUGAAACAGUGACUGAGUUUAUCAGGAAGUGUAUAGGUGAUGUUGUGCCCACUGUGACUAUUAAAACCUAGCCUAACCAGAAACACGUGGAUAGAUGGCAGCAUUCACGCAAAUCUGAAAGCGCGAAUCACCUCUUUCGACCAUGGCAAGGUGACUGGGAAUAUGGCAGAAUACAAACAGUGUAGCUACUCACUCCACAAGGCAAUUAAACUGGCAAAACAUCAGUAUAGAGACAAAGUGGAGUCGCAACUCAACGGCUUAGACACAAGACGUAUGUGGCAGGGUCUACAGACAAUCAUGGACUUCAAAAAGAAAACCAGCCACAUCGCCGACACCGACGUCUCGCUUCCAAACAAGCUAAACACCUUCUUCGCCCGCUUUGAGGAUAACACAGUGCCACUGACGAGGCCCACUACCAAGGACUGUGGCCUCUCCUUCUCCAUGGCCGACGUGAUUAAGACAUUUAAGCAUGUUAACUCCCAGACGGCAUCCCUAGCCGCGUCCUCGGAGCAUGUGCAGACCAGCUGGCUGAUAUGUUCAUGGACAUAUUCAAUCUCUCCCUUUCCCAGUCUGCUGUUCCCACAUGCUUCAAGAGGGCUACCAUUGUUCCUGUACCCAAGAAAACAAAGGUAACUGGACUAAAUGACUAUCGCCCUGUAGUACUCACCUCUGUCAUCAUGAAGUGCUUUGAGAGACUAGUCAAGGAUCAUAUCACCUCUACCUUACCCGUCACCCUAGACCCACUUCAAAUUGCUUACCGCCCCAAUAGAUCCACAGACGAUGCAAUUGCCAUCACACUGCCCUAUCCCAUCUGGACAAGAGGAAUACCUAUGUAAGAAUGCUGUUCAUUGACUAUAGCUCAGCAUUCAACACCAUAGUACCCUCCAAGUUCAUCAUUAAGCUCGAGGCCCUGGGUCUGAACCCCACCCUGUGCAAAUGGGUCCUGGACUUCCUGACGGGCCGCCCCCAGGUGGUGAAGGUAGGAAACAACAUCUCCACUUCGCUGAUCCUCAACACUGGGACCCCACAAGGGUGCGUGCUCAGCCCCCUCCUGUACUCUCUGUUCACCCAUGACUGCGUGGCCAAGCACGCCUCCAACCCUAUCAUCAAGUUUGCAGAUGACACAACAGUAGUAGGCUUGAUUACCAACAAUGACGAGACCGCCUACAUGGAGGAGGUGAGGGCUCUGGGAGUGUGGUGCCAGGAAAAUAACCUCUCACUCAACAUCAACAGAACAAAGGAGAUGAUCGUGGACUUCAGGAAACAGCAGAGGGUGCACCCCCCUAUCCACAUCGACGGGACCGCAGUGGAGAAGGUAGAAAGCUUCAAGUUCCUUGGAGUACACAUCACCGACAAAAUGAAAUGGUCCACCCACGCAGACAGUGUGGUGAAGAAGGCGCAACAGAGCCUCUUCAACCUCAGGAGGCUGAAGAAAUUUGGCUUAUCACCUAAAACCCUCACAAACUUUUACAGAUGCACAAUUGAGAGCAUCCUGUCGGGCUGUAUCACCGCCUGGUACGGCAACUGCACCGCCCACAACCGCAGGGCUCUCCAGAGGUGUGCGGUCUGCCGAACGCAUUACCGGGGGCAAACUACCCACAUACAGCACCCGAUGUCACAGGAAGGCCAAAAAGAUCAUCAAGGACAUCAACCACCCGAGCCACUGCCUGUUCACCCUGCUAUCAUCCAGAAGGCGAAGUCAGUACAGGUGCAUCAAAGCUGGGACCGAGAGAAUGAAAAACAGCUUCUAUCUCAAGGCCAUCAGACUGUUAAACAGCCAUCACUAGCACAUUAGAGGCUGCUGCUGCCUAUUGAAAUCACUGGCCACUUUAAGAAAUUGAAUACUAGUCACUUUAAUAAAGUUUACAUAUCUUGCACUACUCAUCUCAUAUGUAUAUACUGUAUUAUAUUCUAUAAUAUUCUUCUGUAUCUCUUAGUCCAUGCCGCUCUGUCAUUGCUUGUCCAUAUAUGUAUAUAUUCUUGAAUCCCAUUCCUUACUUUUUUGUGUGUAUUGGGUAUAUGUUGUGAAAUUGUUAGAUAUUACUGCACUGUCGGAGCUAGAAGCACAAGCAUUUCGCUACACCCGCUAUAACAUCUGCUAAACACGUGUAUGUGACAAAUACAAUUUCAUUUGAUUUAUAAAAAUAAAUAAAAUCUUGUCACAUUUUCAUCUCACCAAGGUCUUCUGCUCUGGUCCCACUGAACAGCCUGAGUUUGUGAACGUGUGUUUCUGGUUCAUACCACCCAGCUUGAGAGGAAAGGAGAACAGUCCAGAUGAUCAAAACAGAUUGUCAGAGGUUGGUGUAUGAAGUAGCUUACUGUGAUGACAAUAAUAUUUUUACCUCAAUUUGUCAACUUGAGACAAUACAGUGUAGUUUCUGUCUGUCUGGUUGACAUAAUUAUUCGAUCUUCUCACUCACUAGGUGAGUCCUGUGAUCAAGGAGCGUAUGAUGCAGGGGACCAUGAUGGUGAGCUACCAGCCUCAGGGUGGACGAGUCAACUUCUUCCGCAUGAUAGUCGUCUCCCCGCAGCUCUCCCAACAAGAUAUGAUCUGCUUUCUAGAUGAGAUUGAGAGGCUAGGCAAUGAUCUCUGA